AUGGCUCCUAAAAGAAAAUCAGUAAAAGGUGGUGUUGAACCUAAGAAUAAAAAAGUGAAGACUGCAAUCCACCAAAAAGAACCCAAUACUUUAUUGUCUUUGGAGGAACUAACCAACUUGAGUAAAGAAAUUGACGAAUCACUUAAAUUUAACAACUUGGUUCCAUUAUUAGAACAAUUCAAAUUGAUAAAAACAAAAUUGAUUGAAAGUAUAGACCCUGAUGUUGAAAGUACGGCCCGUAAACUAUCACUUUUGCUUUACAGAAACUUUAAUAAAAUUAAUGAUGAAAUAAUCUCGAAUGGUAACGGUGCUAAAUCUUCCGCUUCCGAGGAUAAAAAAAUGAUUAUUAAGUGGUUACUGGAAAAAUAUACAACUUUCAAAGACAUUAUCUAUGGAUUUAUUGAAGACAAAUUGGCUGGUUCGACUUCCUUGCAGUUGGAUUUGCUUGACAUCAUUUUGAAUUUCAUUAGAUUAGAAAGUCAACGAAAGUCGUCAACAUCACAAGUGGUAUUUUUCCCUACCCAAUCUUACAAGUCAUUAACUGAGAGCAUUUUGAAUAGCAAAAAUGGGGAAAUUCUGUUUGAUGGGACUACCGAUAAUUUUAUAGUUUUAGAAUUUCUUGAUAAAUUUCAAAAGUACUGGGAUUUACAAUUCUAUUUUUUCAACAAUUUGUCAGAAGUGUUGAAUGAAUGGAAGCAAGAAAAGUCUGAAAAAGAUUUGCAACUUAUUUUUGCCAAUUUUUUAACUGUUUUACGAAAGGGUUUGUUAUUCAACGAAAAGACAUUAGAAGAAGAGCCACUUUGGAUUGCACCCAACAAGGAAGGUAAAUUACCGUCUUCGUUGUAUAAGCAUACUUUGUUCAAGUCACAAUUUCAAAAAUCAGUAAUUGCCAUGCUUUCAUAUCCUUUGUUACAAGAACAAUACAAGUCGGUAUUGAUGAUAUUACACAAGAGAAUAAUACCAUAUAUGUCCCAACCGCAAUCAUUGAUGGAUUUUUUGACUGAUUGUUAUGAUCUUACUGAUGAUUUGAUUGUUCCUAUACUAGCAUUAAAUUCAUUGUACGAGUUGAUGAAAAAUUAUAAUUUAGAGUACCCAGACUUUUAUUCCAAGUUGUAUUCGUUGUUGACGCCAGAGCUUUUAUAUACAAAGUACCGUUCAAGGUUUUUCCGUUUAUGUGAUUUGUUUUUGAGCUCAACUCACCUAUCAGCCAAUUUAGUUGCGUCGUUUAUUAAAAAAUUAGCCAGAAUAUCGUUGGCUGCAAGUGCUUCAGGGGUUGUUAUCAUCAUACCAUUUAUAUACAAUUUAUUAAAAAGACACCCCACAUGUAUGAUCAUGUUGCACAAGGAAGAUACUGAAUCUGGUUACCAAGAUCCAUUCAACAGUGAAGAAAAAAAUCCUUUACAUACUGAAGCCAUCAAAUCAUCACUAUGGGAGUUGGAUACCUUAAUGACACAUUACCACCCGAACGUUGCAACUUUGGCUAAAAUAUUUGGUGAACCUUUUAGGAAGCCUAGUUACAACAUGGAGGAUUUCUUAGAUUGGAGCUAUAAUUCGUUGUUACAAAGCGAGUACGAUAGAAAAUUCAAAGAUAAAAACUCAGCUUUAGAAUUUGAAGAGUUUGACAAAGUACUUGAUACUUCAAAUAGUGACAGCAAAAGUCUGUUGUUAGAAGGGUGGACUUUAGUUUAG